GUGAGCCGCCCAGUGACCACGGCAACAUGGCCUUGAACGGCACUGAUGUGGACGAUUUCGCCUGGGAGCCUCCGACUGAAGCUGAGACGAAGGUGCUCCAGGCGCGACGCGAGCGGCAGGAUCGCAUCUCUCGUCUCAUGGGCGACUACCUGCUCCGCGGUUACCGCAUGCUGGGCGACACGUGCGCGGACUGCGGGACGAUCCUCCUCCAAGAUAAGCAGCGGAAAAUCUACUGCGUGGCUUGUCAGGAGCUCGACUCAGACGUGGAUAAAGAUAAUCCGGCUCUGAACGCACAGGCGGCCCUCUCUCAAGUUCGGGAACACCAGCUCGCCUCUUCUACAGAGCCUGCCACAAGCUCUCGGCCCACACCCCUGCCCCCGGUACCCCGCCCAGAGCAUUGCGAGGGAGCUGCCGCAGGGCUCAAGGCAGCCCAGGGGCCUCCCCUUUCUGCUGCACCUCCAAAUGCAGAUGUGGUGGCUUCCACACAGACAGCCCUCCUGCAGAAGCUAACGUGGGCCUCUGCUGAGCUGGGCUCCAGUGCAUCCUUGGAGACUAGCAUCCAGCUGUGUGGGCUUAUCCGGGCUUGUGCUGAGGCCCUAGCCAGCCUGAAGCAGCUGCAGCACUGAAAACGCUCCUCCAUCCCCUGUGCCCCUGAGAAAAACCCUCUAGAAAAGCA